AUGGCCUUCCCAAACAGACACAAUUUAACACAGUUGAAAGAAUUCAUUCUAAUGGGAAUCACAGAACUCCCUGAGCUGCAGGCUCUAUUAUUUGGACUUUUCCUCACUGUUUACCUGGUCUCAGUGGUGGGCAACUUGGGCAUGAUCAUCCUCACCAAGAUAGACUCUAGGCUACAAACACCCAUGUACUUCUUCCUCAGACACCUGGCUUUCACUGAUCUUGGUUAUUCAACAGCUGUGGGACCCAUAAUGUUCAUAAAUUUUGCUGUAGAUCAACAUACAAUCCCUUUUAGUUGGUGUGCCACCCAACUCACUUUUUUCAACAUUUUUAUCAUUACUGAAAUUUUUAUUAUGUCAGCAAUGGCCUAUGACUGCUAUGUGGCCAUCUGUAAUCCUUUGCUCUACACAGCUGUUAUGUCACAAGUAUUAUGUCAGGCACUGGUGGCAAUACCUUAUCUCUAUAGUGUCUCUUUGUCUUUGCUGACCGUCAUGAAAAUUUUCCUAUCAUCAUUUGGUGACUGUAAUGUCAUCAGGCAUUUCUACUGUGACAGUCUACCAUUGAUAGCCUUGCUCUGCUCAGGCGCCCAUGAGAUCAAAUUGAUAAUUCUGAUAUUUUCUGCUUUUAAUUUGAUGUCAUCUCUGCUGACAGUCCUUGUGUCCUACAUUUUAAUCUUUGCUGCCAUCCUCAGGAUGAACUCUGCCAAAGGCAGGCACAAGGCUUUCUCCACCUGUGGAUCUCAUCUGACCGUGAUUGCCAUAUUCUAUGGGACUCUAUUCUUUAUGUAUAUGCAGCCCAAAUCUACUCAUUCCUUUGAUACUGACAUUAUGGCCUCUUUAUUUUACACGUUGGUUAUACCCAUGCUGAAUCCCAUGAUCUACAGCUUGAGAAACAAAGAAGUAAAAAACGCCCUACACAGAACUUGGAGAAUGUGUGCAAUUAUAAGCAUACCUCAGAGAUACUGUGGGUUUGGUUCCAGUCCAGCACAAUGA